AUGGUUCGUUCUUUAUUUCAGCAAGACCAGGACGCCGCCAAAGCCCUCGUCAGCGCCAACAAGACCCUCGAUCGCAGGGAAGAUGUCCAGCCUCCACCACGCAGCUCCGGCGGUGCGCCAGCCUCAAACAGCACCCGCAGAAUGACGGACAAAUUUGGCCGUCGAAUCAUCUCACCACCAAUCUCGAGGACAAACUCGGCUGUCUCAGGCACGCCAUCCUCCGCGCCAGGCACCCCGAGGGACGAGAGCGCCGCCGACACAGACAUCGAUCGAGCAUCGACAUUGCUCUCGCUUUACGAGCUCCGUGCUAAAGUCAGAGAGCAAAACAACAGCAGCCUCGUCAAGGCACGUGAGAAGGUCAACGCCCUUGCUGCGAAACAGCAGGGGUAUGGAAAUCCAGACCGGAAAAGGGCCAGCACUGACUUUGCCAGCCGCUUCACGUACCCCAAGUGA